CAUUCUUCUCCUAUGAAGUUAAUACUAUCUAUAGUGCUUGUCUUCCAAAUCGUCUCUGCUGAAGAGGCGACACAGAAAGAUGUGAAAGAAGUCAAGAAACAAGAAAAGCGAGGUCUCUUUUCUAGUUUGGGAUACGGCUAUGGAGCGGAUGUUUAUAGUCACGGCCUGCACAACGACCAUCGCGUGAAGAAGCUCACCGUGAUUAAAAAGGUACCAGUGCCCUACCCAGUGCAAGUUGAAAAGAAAGUCCCAUAUCCAGUCCACGUACCUGUUCAUAGACCUGUACCCGUCCAUGUGCCUCAGCCGUAUCCCGUCGCCGUGGUAAAAGAAGUCCCUUAUCCAGUCAAAGUACCAGUACCACAACCUUACCCCGUUGAAAAAAUAGUCCACGUCCCUGUUAAAGUUCCCGUAGACAAUCCAGUGCCCUAUCCAGUAGUAAAGCCCGUCCCUUACUACGUGGAGAAAAAAGUCGCAGUGCCGGUAGUUAAGCACGUACACGUUCCGGUCAAAGUGCCAGUGGAUGUACCCAGGCCUUACCCGGUUCACGUGCCCGUAGAAAAGAAGGUGCCGUACUACGUCGAGAAACCGUAUCCGGUUGAGGUCAAGGUUCCCGUCGACAAGCCGUAUCCUGUCGAAGUACCUAAACCAUAUCCGGUUUUUGUUAAAAAACCGUACCCGGUCGUGGUGGAGAGGCCGGUACCGUACCACGUCAAAGUGCCGGAAUACGUAAAAGUGCCAGUUCCUGUAGUCGUCGAAAAGUCAGUGGAACUACCAAUAUUUGUCAAACAUCACCACUGACAUCAAUUCGCCAACGGGUGCCACAAAGCAUUUUCAUACUUUUAAGACUACUCUUAUAUUGUAAAUCAUUUGUAAAAUAAAUUUGUAUAUACAUUUUGUAAUUAAUCGAAUUCUGUUAAAACUUCUUGCAAAAUAAAAAUUAUACUGUUACUUUACUUCAACAGAAUGUUAGUAACUUCCUUGUAAUAA